ACACACACAGCGCCGCACAAUGAGCGGCACAGGACCUGGGGUAUUGUGACACCGCACAGGCAGGUGACACAAAGAUAAGAUCCAGGAUGGAGGACUCCACAAGAAAGCAUAUCCUGGCCAUUAGCGUUUUCCAAUGGGUGCUGACGUUUCUUCUAAUGGGGACAUUUUUCACCAUCGUUCUCCUGUACUUGUUGUUUACCUCCUUCUGGAUCAUACCUGUGGUGUAUUUCACUUGGAUGCUAUUGGAUUGGGACACUCCAAUGAAAGGUGGUCGUAGAGUAGAAUGGAUUAGAAGAUGGACAGUCUGGAAACACUUCAGAGAUUACUUCCCUAUAAAGCUCGUUCAGUCCGCUGCUCUCAGCCCCGACAGAAAUUAUGUGCUCGGUUGUCAUCCCCAUGGAAUCUUUGCAACUUCAUCUUUCUGUAAUUUUGGCACUGAGGCCACUGGUUUCUCUCAAAUGUUCCCAGGGGUCCGCCCAUGGCUGGCGAUACUUGCAGGGCUCUUCAGGCUGCCUGUAUACCGUGACUACUGCAUGUCGGCAGGACUUACCCCUGUGAAUAAAGAAAGCCUGAAAUACCUCCUGAACUGCUGCGGCACUGGCAAUGCGGUCUGCAUUGUGGUAGGAGGAGCGGCAGAGUCCUUGGAGAGCAAUCCAGGGGAGCAUGCAGUAACUCUGAGCAACAGGAAGGGCUUUGUAAGACUUGCUUUAGAAAACGGAGCGGACCUGAUUCCGGUGUAUUCCUUUGGUGAGAACGAUAUCUACGAGCAGGUGCAUUUUCCCCCAAAUUCAAAGCGCAGGAAACUUCAGCUUCUUUUCCAGAAAUAUAUUGGUUUUGCCCCCUGUCUUUUUAAAGGCACACCAGUGUUUGGGGAGGGCAGCUGGGGCCUCAAUCCGUUCCCUCGACCACUCACCACCGUGGUAGGGAGGCCAAUCCGAGUACCGCACUGUCCUGUCCCAUCGGAGAUGGAAGUGGACCAUUAUCACGCGCUUUACAUAGAUGGACUUAAGGAGCUGUUUAAUGAGUACAAGGUCUCCUGUGGACUUUCACCGUCUGACAGUCUUAAAAUUAAAUGACCGAUCGGCUCUUUGAAUUGAAAAGAAACCUUCAAAAAGUUAUCAUUUCCAGACAUGAGGACUUCUUCUACCAGCACUUUAGGUUAUUAAUAGUUUGAAUCAAUCUUCUUAGAGACUUUCCACCAAAACCGGGAGAUAAUUCAAGAAACGUGUUGUGGCUAAUAAUGUGUCAAUAAAGCUUUGUAAAAUCUG